AUGGUCUUUUUCUCCAGACUAGAUCUGCAGGAGGGCCUCCGAACACUCUCCGUUUUACAGUGGAUUCCACUCUAUGUCAUUUUAGGAUGUAUUUCCAUCUUGGGUAUACCCUAUUUCCUGCUGUUCACUAGCUUAUGGCCCUUAUCUGUGCUCUCCUUAGCCUGGCUUCUCUAUGACUGGAACACCCACAGUCGAGAUGGUAGGCGUUCAGCUUGGGUACGAAACUGGACCCUCUGGAAGUAUUUCCAAAGCUACUUCCCAGUAAAGCUGGUGAAGACCCAUGACCUUUCUCCCAAGCACAACUACAUCAUUGUCAACCACCCCCAUGGCAUUCUCUCUUUUGGUGCCUUCAUCAACUUUGCUACUGAGGCCACUGGCUUUUCCAGGAUUUUCCCAUCUAUCACUCCCUUUUUAGCAACCUUGGAAGGGAUCUUCUGGAUCCCUAUUGUGCGGGAGUAUGUAAUGUCCAAGGGUAUAUGUCCGGUGAGUGAGUUGGCCCUGAAGUACAAGCUGAUGCAGAGAGGCUCAGGCAAUGCUGUGAUCAUUGUGGUGGGUGGAGCUUCUGAAGCCCUCUUGUGCCGCCCAGGAGUCUCCACAAUCUUCCUCAAAAAUCAUAAAGGUUUUGUGAAGCUAGCACUGAAGACAGGGGCAUACAUUGUCCCUUCUUACACCUUUGGUGAGAAUGAGGUUUACAACCAAGAGACCUUCCCUGAAGGCACAUGGCUAAGGUUCUUCCAAAAAAACUUCCAGAAAAUUGGCAAAAAAAUCCUAGGCCUAAAUUUCUGUACUUUCCAUGGCAGGGGCUUCACUCGGGGAUCCUGGGGCUUUUUGCCUUUCAAUCAUCCAAUUACCACCGUUGUUGGAGAACCCCUGCCAGUCCCCAAGAUCCAUGAUCCUGACAAGGAGACAGUGGCAAAGUACAUGGAACUUUACAUCAGUGUCCUGCGCAAGCUGUUUGACCAAUACAAAGCUGAAUAUGGCUUCUCUGAGACCCAGGAGCUGACAAUUAUAUAACACAAAUCAGAAUCUCUGUACUGCUGUGGGAUAUCAUUCUCUAUGCUGUGAAUAUGUGUUGCUCUGAUUGGCUGAUAAAUAAAACGCUGAUUGGCCAGUAGCCAGGCAGGAAGUAUAGGUGGGGCAAGCAGACAAGGAGAAUGCUGGGAAGAGGAAGGCUGAGUCAGGAGUCACUGGCCAGACACAGAGGAAGCAAGAUGACAAGGCAGAACUGAGAAA